AUGCCUCCCCAUUUUGCUAACACUGUAUCGGGUGCAGCAAUCGUAGGGACAUAUGCCUUGGCCAAGGGUAGAGGGCAGGCAGUCGCAGCUCUCCUGGCUUCGUCUGCGGCUCUCAACUGUGGUAUUGCGGGAGCUACGUUCUUCGGCAUUCGAGAGUAUCUCGUGCAAGCUCAUCCAGAGGAUGGGAUACACCGUGGACACUUGACUUGGUGGGAUAUGCGCACACACAAUGUGCUGGAUUCCCUAGUGAGUGGUGGAAUCACUGGUGGCAUUUUACGUGCAUGGAGGCAUGGGAGCCGUGGAGGAUUGUCAGGUCUCGCCAUGGGUGCUGUGGGGUGUACCCUUCUCCAGUAUUCGGCCAACGAGCUCGGCAUACAACGCGUGAAAUUCGUGUCGCGAAGACUGGGCAUAGCAACGCCAGGGCAACAACCUGUUGGCUCCUCAGAACCAACGCGACCGCUCGGGCAACGAAUAGCGGGUCUGUUAGGUUUCAAAAGCCUAUCGGACGAGCAAUUCAUAGCGCAAAUGAAACAAGAUCGGGACACUUACAUGAAGAGGAUUGCCGAGCUCGAGAAGCUGCAGGAGGAAGAGAAAGGCAGACGAUAG